GUCCAAUUUCAAAAUUAAAAACGAAGACAUUUUAGUGAUUUGUUCACUAGUUGACAUGUUUUUCUGAUUCCAAGGACACAAUGCUGGUGUGACCUGUGAAAGUGUUAACAGUUAGAACUGCUUUUUGGGGCUUAAUUGCUGCCAUUACUUUGCAUUAUCAGCAGGACGCUGGAUGUGCAGCACCCUGUAGAAAGCAGCAGCUCAUCAGACAGCCGUCAGAGAUGGAUGACAAUUUGACUCAUCCGCCUGACAAGCGAAGGAAAAUGUCUACCAUUGGCAGUGAAGAAGUGAUCUUGGACAAGUUCUGCGACCCAGACAAUCCUAUCACCAUUACGUUCCAGGACAUCAGUGCAGCUGCGUACAAAAUUCGAGACGGCAUUGAAAGAACACCAUGUCUGAAAUCCCAGAUGACUCAAAUGUAUGGCAUGAAGCUUUUUUUCAAAAAGGAAUUUUUACAAUACACAGGAAGUUUCAAGGAACGUGGGGCAAGAUACGCUCUGUUGAUGCUAAAUAAGGACCAGAAGAAGCAAGGUGUGAUAGCAGCCAGUGCAGGGAACCAUGCGUUGGCCCUGGCAUACCACGGUCAGGAGCUGGGGAUAUCCAUCACGGUCAUCAUGCCUAUCAUCGCCCCACUCAUGAAGAUACAGGCCUGCAGAAAAUUUGGGGCUAAUGUGCAAGUAAAGGGGGCUAACUUGGCAGAGUCUAAGCUUCAUGCAAUGAAACUAGGAAGGGAGGAAGGACUGAUAUAUAUCAAUGGUUAUGACCACCCACACAUCCUGGCAGGGCAGGGAACCAUGGGACUGGAGAUUGUGGAGCAGGUACCGGACCUUGACGCCUGCAUAAUACCGGUGGGGGGUGGGGGUCUCAUAGCAGGGGCCGCACUCGCCAUCAAGAACCUACGACCUAACUGUACCAUAAUUGGAGUGGAAUCAGAAAGAUGCCCAAGUUUUACAAACGCUAUACAGAGCGGGAAACCUGUCUACACUGAAAUGCAUUCCACACUGGCGGAUGGAUUGGCGGUACCAACUGUAGGUGUCAAUGCAUUUGCAACUGCUAAGGACUUGAUUGACAAAAUGAUCAUUGUCAAGGAGGAGAACAUUGCACUGGCUAUCCUGCGCCUGCUGGAGAUGGAGAAAGCGGUUGUGGAGGGUGCAGGGGCUGUAGGGCUGGCAGCAGUCAUAGAGAACCUUGUACCAGAACUGGUGGGGAAAAAAGUGGUGAUUGCUCUCUGUGGUGGGAACAUAGACACCACAGCGCUCGGAAGAGUAAUAGAACGGGGUCUUGCAGUCGAUGGCAGGUUAAACCGGUUUGUAGUUGAGGUCAGUGACCGGCCUGGAAGCAUCGCUGAACUAACCAAACUGAUUGCCGGUCUUGGUGUCAGUUUGAAGGACAUAUUUCAUGAGAGGGCAUGGAUAAAGUCUGACAUUUUUGCUGUUCAGGUCAAGGUCGUAUGUGAGACAAGGGAUGCAGAACACAGUGAGGAGUUACACCAGGCACUGAAGGAACGAUACAAUCAUCUUAACUGGUCGCCUAUAUAUUAAAUCUCACCUGAAUCAGUGUCAGCAUAUCUAAACACAUUAUGUUUAUGCAUGUUUUAAAGUUGUAUCUUCGUGUUGCUUAACAGGGAUUUUGUUUUGUAAUCCUAUUACUUUUGACAUACGUAAUUAUUGUUGAAUUUUGUGGUGUUUUGAAGGUUAUUGUGAUUACCAAGGUUGCACUAAAUUUUGGUCUCCAGUAAAGUGUGGAUCUGUAUGAAAAUCUUUGUCUUUGUAAUAGCAUUGCCAUAUAUGUAUGGAUUUUAAAAUAACUUGGCACAAGUGCAAACCAUUAUGACAAAAAGUGUCACAUGUCUCCAAGCCUCAUAAGUCCUUUUUUUCAUGAUAACAAUUAUUUGGAAAGUAAUUGAAUUUGUGAGGAGAACAUUCUUAUUUAAAAAUAUUUCAGGUCAAAGAAACUGAAUCCUAGUCAUAUACUUGGCAUUUAAGUCGUAAUAUUGAUUACAUAAGUCUUGUUUACAUGUACAUGUAUAUGAAAUGAUAUAUUAUAAUUAUUGCUUUGUUAAAAAUAUACAUACUGUUAAUUGCUGAACAUUGCCUGUAGCUAAAAAAAUUGUUUAAAACGAUGCUUUACAGCAGCUCAAGUUCAAAAUGUUAAUGGAUAUUUCAGUAUUACUGUUGAUGCAAAAGUCAUUUUGUUUUGUAGCUGCUACAUAUUAUGCCCCCUUCGAAGAAGAGGGCGUAUAUUGUUUUGCUGGAUGUCGGUUGGUCUGUAAGUCUGUCUGUGGGAAGACCAGUUUGUUUCCGAUCAAUAACUCAUAAAAAAUUGACUGAUUGGCUUGAUACUAAACAUAAGCAUUGGCCUUGGACAGUAGAUGACCCCUAUUGAAAUUGGGGUCACUUAUUCAAAGGUCACUGUCACAAUAAGUGUGAAAAUAGUUUCCGAUCAAUAACUCAUCACGAAUUGACCGAUUGGCUUGAUACUUCACAUGUGCAUUGGCCUUGGACAGUAGAUGAACCCUAAUGAAAUUUGAGUCACUUGGUUGAAGGUCAAGGUCACUGUCACAAUACGUGUGAAAAUCGUUUCCGAUCAAUAACUCACCAACGAAUUGACCGAUUGGCUUGAUACUUCACAUGUGCAUUGGAUUUGGACAGUAGAUGAUCCCUAUUGAAAUUGGGGUCACUAGGUCAAAGGUCAUGGUCACUGUUACAAUAAGUUAAAAAAUCGUUUCUGAUCAAUAACUCAUCAACGAAUUGACUGAUUUACUUGAUACGUCACAUGUACAUUGGUCUUGGAAUUAGAUGACCCCUAUAGAAAUUGGAGUCAUUAGUUCAAAGCCCUGUUUGAGAGACAUAUGUCUCUGACCACGGAACUCUGGUUGUUAUUUGUUUUACAAUUAAGAAAUUAUACUAUAACUAUGAACCAUAACAUUCCUAAAAAUCUUGUUAUUUCCUAUGUAAAUUGGUACUAUGAUGAUUUUUGUAGAAUUUAAUGACAAGAGUUUGAAGAUGUGUGUGCUCACAAUGACAAACAUUUCUAACCACCUAUACCAUUAUCUGCUGUGUUAUGUUGUGCAGAAUGUUUUAACAUUUCGUUUGCACAUUAUAAGAUCGUCUUGAAAAAGCAUUAUUAUUGUAUCUAUACAAAUGUCUGUGCUAAAUAUAUCAGCUUGUAAAUAUGUUGGUUAGUAUUGAUAUUUUUUUUCAAUAUCUAUCUCAAAAUCAUGUUUACCUUUCCUAAAUACUGGUGUUUAUUACUUUGAGUAAAUAAACAUGAAUGGAAUGUUCAUGACCAAAUUUUUGAUAGACGUUAAUGCCAUUUACAUUUUUUUUCUGAACUGCUAACAUUACCCUUGUGUAUGAGUUUUUUAUAUAUAUUAUUUACUUCUGUCAGUGCACAUCAUUUGUAUUGAUAUUACUACUCAUGGAUUGAAUCUCAUUAAGUUAUUUCAUGAUUAUAAACAAGGAUGAAUAUAUAGCUACACAACUAUGUAAUGCUGCGUUGUUAUUUUUGUUUUAAAGUAACAUUACUACUCAAAAUCAACGAAAAUUUCGUACAAUUGUUUGUAAAAUAAACUUAACCAAUUAAAAAUCAGUGUUCCUUAUGGCAAUUGCCGAAAUCUCAAGGCCAGAUGUGGUCUUGUAAAAUAGAUGUGUGUAGAUACAAAUGCUCGUCUUUAUUAUUGUUUUGCAUAUCUAUUCAUACGACACAUGAGCUCUAACAUGGUGUUCGUGUGUCGUAUAAAAAUAUAUAUUCGCGGGAAUUAAUUGUGGCCACAAAUAAAUAAAAACGAGCAUUUUGUAUCUACAAAAAUCUAUGUAAUCAUACCACAUCUAGCGUUGAAAUUUUGGCUAUUGCUACAAGGAACACUGAUUGUUAAGGUGAUAACUUUAUUUUACGAAAUACUUAACGAAAUUUUCGUUGAUUUUGAGCGUUAUAGAGACUUUAAAUCAUUUACAAUGUUUUUUUUAACUGUUGUAUCUGACCUGAGCAUUUAUUGCCUGGGUGAUCCUUAACAUGGGACUUAUAUCGUGUCAGUCACCAGUCAUGCAUAUUUUUUUUUCAUUAAAUGCAAUCCCUAAAAAUUUACCAGAAUUUUGAUUCACAAUCUAAUAUCAGGAAUGAGCAUGGUGGUCUUCUCAAGAGAUUAUAUAAAGAAUAAUCCACUGUUGCAUAAGUAAGUAACAUAAGAAGGCUUUUGAAAGUUAACAUAUCAAACUGAUCUCGAAGAAGAGGGCGUAUAUUGUUUUGCCGGAUGUCGGUUGGUCUGUAAGUCUGUCUGUGGGAAGACCAGUUUGUUUCCGAUCAAUAACUCAUAAAAAAAUUGACUGAUUGGCUUGAUACUAAACAUAAGCAUUGGCCUUGGACAGUAGAUGACCCCUAUUGAAAUUGGGAUCACUUAUUCAAAGGUCACUGUCACAAUAAGUGUGAAAAUAGUUUCCGAUCACUAACUCAUCAACGAAUUAACUGAUUGGCUUGAUACUUCACAUGUGCAUUGGCCUUGGACAGUAGAUGACCCCUAUUGAAAUUGGGGUCACUUGGUAAAAGGUCAAGGUCACUGUCACAAUAAGUGUGAAAAUCGUUUCCGAUCAAUAACUCAUCAACGAAUUGACCGAUUGGCUUGAUACUUCACAUGUGCAUUGGCCUUGGACAGUAGAUGAACCCUAAUGAAAUUUGGGUCACUUGGUUGAAGGUCAAGGUCACUGUCACAAUACGUGUGAAAAUCGUUUCCGAUCAAUAACUCCUCAACGAAUUGACCGAUUGGCUUGAUACUUCACAUGUGCAUUGGAUUUGGACAGUAGAUGAUCCCUAUUGAAAUUGGGGUCACUAGGUCAAAGGUCAUGGUCACUGUUACAAUAAGUUGAAAAAUCGUUUCUGAUCAAUAACUCAUCAACGAAUUGACUGAUUUACUUGAUACUUCACAUGUACAUUGGCCUUGGAAUUAGAUGACCCCUAUAGAAAUUGGAGUCAUUAGUUCAAAGCCCUGUUUGAGAGACAUAUGUCUCUGACCACGGAACUCUGGUUGUUAUUUGUUUUACAAUUAAGAAAUUAUACCAUAUCUAUGAACCAUUACAUUCCUAAAAAUCUUGUUAUUUCCUAUGUAAAUUGGUACUAUGAUGAUUUUUGUAGAAUUUAAUGACAAGAGUUUGAAGAUGUGUAUGCUCAGAAUGACAAACAUUUCUAACCACCUAUACCAUUAUCUGCUGUGUUAUGUUGUGCAGAAUGUUUUAACAUUUCGUUUGCACAUUAUAAGAUCGUCUUGAAAAAGCAUUAUUAUUGUAUCUAUACAAAUGUCUGUGCUAAAUAUAUCAGCUUGUAAAUAUGUUGGUUAGUAUUGAUAUUUUUUUUUCAAUAUCUAUCUCAAAAUCAUGUUUACCUUUCCUAAAUACUGGUGUUUAUUACUUUGAGUAAAUAAACAUGAAUGGAAUGUUCAUGACCAAAUUUUUGAUAGACGUUAAUGCCAUUUACAUUUUUUUCUGAACUGCUAACAUUACCCUUGUGUAUGAGUUUUUUAUAUAUAUUAUUUACUUCUGUCAGUGCACAUCAUUUGUAUUGAUAUUACUACUCAUGGAUUGAAUCUCAUUAAGUUAUUUCAUGAUUAUAAACAAGGAUGAAUAUAUAGCUACACAACUA